AGCUCUGUCAGGUUGGAUGGGUGUUGCUGCACAGCUAUUUUCAGGUCUCUCCAGAGAUGUUAGAUCGGGUUCAAGUCCAGGUUCUGGCUGGGCCACUCAAAGACAUCCAGAAACUUGUCCUGAAGCCACUCCUGCUUUGUCUUGGCUGUGUGCUUAAGGUCAUUGUCCUGUUGGAAGGUGAAUAUUCGUCCCAGUCUGAGGUCCUGAGCGCUCUGGAGCAGGUUUUCAUCAAUGAUCUCUGUACUUUGCUCCGUUCAUCUUUCCCUUGAUCCUGACUAGUCUCCCAGUCCCUGCUGCUGAAAAACAUCCCCACAGCAAGAUGCUGCCACCACCAUGCUUCACCGUAGGGAUUCUGCCAGGUUUUCUCCAGAUGUGAUGCUUGGCAUUCAGGCCAAAGAGUUCAAUCUUGGUUUCAUCAGACCAGAGAAUAUUAUUUCUAAUGGUCUGAGAGUCUUUUAGGUACCUUUGCCAAACUUCAAGCGGGCUGUCAUGUGCCUUUUACUGAGGAGUGGCUUCCGUCUGAAGGCCUGAUUAGCUGAGUGCUACAGAGAUGGUUGUUCUUCUGGAAGGUUCUCCCUUCUCCACAGAGGAACUCUGGAGCUCUGUCAUAGUGACCAUCGGGUUCUUGGUCACCUCCCUGACCAAGGUCCUUUUCUCACGAUUGCUCAGUUUGGCCGGGUGGCAAGCUCUAGGAAGAGUCUAGGUGGUUCCAAACUUGUUCCAUUUAAGAAUUAUGGAGGCCACUGUGUUCUUGGGGACCUUCAAUGCUGCAGACAUAUUUUGGUACCCUUCCCCAGAUCUGUGCCUCGACACAAUCCUGUCUCGGUACUCUACAGACAAUUCCUUCGACCUCAUGGCUUGGUUUUUGCUCUGACAUGUACUGUCAACUGUGGGACCUUAUAUAGACAGUUGAAAGAAACAACCCUUACAUAACAGAUCAAGAUGGCAGACAAAAUCAAGGACACCAAGAUCAUCUUUGUUGUGGGCGGGCCUGGCUCUGGCAAGGGCACCCAGUGUGAGAAGGUGGUGGCAAAGUAUGGCUACACCCACCUGUCCUCCGGGGACCUGCUGCGUGCUGAGGUGGCCUCCGGUUCUGAGAGGGGCAAGACCCUCCAGGCCAUCAUGCAGAAGGGAGAGCUCGUACCCCUGGACACAGUCUUGGACAUGAUCAAGGAUGCCAUGAUCGCUAAGGUUGACGUGUCCAAGGGCUUCCUUAUUGAUGGCUACCCCCGUGAGGUCAAACAGGGCGAGGAGUUCGAGAAGAAGAUCGGAGCCCCCUGCCUGCUGCUGUACAUUGACGCCAAGGGUGAGACCAUGGUCAAGAGGCUGAUGAAGCGUGGUGAGACCAGCGGCCGAGCUGACGACAAUGAGGAGACCAUUAAGAAGCGCCUGGACCUGUACUACAAAGCCACCGAGCCAGUCAUCGCCUUCUACUCCAGCCGCGGCAUCGUCAGGAAGAUCGACUCCGAACUGCCUGUGGAUGAAGUCUUCGGACAUGUUGCCAAAGCUAUCGACGGCCUGAAGUAAAAAGCAAACAUGACUGGAUCUAAAUUUAUUUUUGGUUAUGUCCAUUUUAUGCCGAAAAAAAGCAACAAUCUGCUGAGCCACCUUGGUUAUAAUGAAAGGCCAUUAAAGAACAGCGAUGCCUUAAUUCAACACUGUACUUCUCCUCCAGCAAUAAUCUCUUGUUACAGUUCACCAACCACAACCGACACCGAUAUACGGCCAUAUUUACAAGAAUGUCACAACUUCCCGAGAGUCUACUGUUCACUUCCUGUUUGCCUGCCAUGUCUUGUCCACACUUACAGUACUGUAAGUCUAUGUGUGUGUGUGUAUGUAUGUGUUUGUGUGUGUGUGUCUGUGUGUGUGUGGUUUUCUAAAAACCCUACCUGUUCCUCUGUCUCAUUAAAACAUCACCUUCAAACCCUAACCAAACAA